AUGCAGCUGAGUCAAAGAUAUGAGAUCAAUAAUUUAACGUCUAACGCAAGUAAUAUCGAACUAGCUCCUACUAUGAGCACCACAGCUAACUUUCCUCCUCUGGUUCAAACUGAGCCUAGCACAAGAGGAAAGCAAAAUGGUACAUUAAAAGUUUCAAGAAAUGCAAAAUCUGGGACUCACAGAGCAAAUGGAGACUCCCCUAAUUUGACUGCAGUUAACAACUGUCGUUAUGACAGUUCCUUAGGACUGUUAACAAAGAAAUUUGUCAGCUUGAUCCAGGAUGCUAAGGAUGGUACCUUGGAUCUAAAUAAAACCGCUGAGACUUUGGAGGUUCAGAAAAGGAGAAUUUAUGACAUUACAAAUGUUCUUGAAGGAAUAGGAUUGAUAGAGAAAACUUCAAAGAAUCAUAUACGGUGGAAGGGAUGCGAAGGACAUGGGCCACGAGAACUGGAAGACCAAGUUAAUAGUCUUAAGGCUGAAGUUGAUAGUCUCUAUGCUGAGGAAUGCCAACUUGACGAUUGUAUAAGGAAAAAGCAGGAGCUUCUAAGAAACCUAGAAGAAGGAGAAAACUCUCGAAAGUACCUUUUUUUUACCAAGGAAGAUAUUCUUAACCUUCCAUGCUUCCAGAAUCAAGAAAUUAUUGCAAUAAAGGCUCCAAAAGCUAGUUUCAUUGAGGUCCCUGAUCCUGACGAGGAAUUAGGUUUCCGGCAAAGGCAGUACAAAAUGAUUGUCAGAAGUGCGACUGGACCAAUAUAUUUGUACCUCUUGAGGUACUUCUCCGCUGUAAACACUCACGCCGGCAAGUUUGAGGAUGAUAGUGUCAAGCGGGUGAAAUUAAUAGAUCCAUCAUUGAACAGUGACCACUGCAUAAAGGGGGGUGUGGAAUUAUUAAAAAGCCAAAAUGAUCAGGAAAAUCCUUCUGAGAGUUUCAGUUCGCUGGGGUCACAUAUGGACGAUGACUAUUGGUUUCAAUCAGAUCCUGGUGUGAACCUAACUGAAUUGUGGGGUAAAAUGUCUUCUAACUAA